AUGCCCCAACCGGAGCGCGCUGUAGGUCAUCCAAAGCGCAGGUAUACGUCCAAAGCAUGCGAGGAGUGCCGGCGCCGAAGAGCCAAGUGUGACGGCCAGCGACCUUCAUACGUGCAGCUUCUGAGGAACAGGAUAAACUUGUUAGAAGCGGUACUGCAAUCUCGCUCUAUCGAUGUUGAGGCCUCUGUUGCUCAACUCUCAACUACAGGGGCAGCACCCCAGCUGCCCUCGGUCAUCAAUCUUUCGGCAAGCAGCAGUGAUGCUGGCCUGAGCCCUUCGGCUUUCGAUGAUCUCUGUGCGACAUUUGAAGGGGCUCUUUCCCUCGAUAAGGCCGUAAACUACGACCAGGAUGGCGAAAUGCGGUACUUCGGGCCCUCAAGUGGUCGGCUAGAGUUCCAAAGCGAAUCUACGCCUGAAAAUGAGGAGCAUCGGAGCAGUCCCACAACCACAAAACCUGUCGAGACAAAUCGCUUCAUCCUACCGUUAGAAGCCGAAGUCUAUCCGGAAGAUCUCCAAACAGAGUUGAUCGACCUCUUCUUCGAGUAUCAGAGUCCCUGGUGUCAGGUUGUUGAUGAGAAGCUGUUCAGAGAGAGCAUGAAAACACAAGGUCGCUACUAUAGCCCGUUGCUGCUCAACUGCAUUCUUGCUUUAGGGUCUCGCUACUCCGACAGGGUUGAUAUCCGGUCGGAUCCCACUGACCAGAAUACGGCUGGGAAACCGUUCAUGCAGAAAGCUGAAGUACUCUUGCACUACGACAUGAAACGACCGACCAUUACGACACUUCAGUCAAUGCUUAUGGCUGUGAUGCAGCAGGGUGUCGGGUGCCUGGAGCGGGGCCCCAGGGGGGCACCAGAGUGGGACCAGGACCAGAUAAACUAG